AUGCAAAGUGAGACGAAAUCUUCUUCAGUAAAUGAAAGUAAAUCAGAACAGAAUGGAACAAUUGACAAAUUUGAUAAUUUGAAUUUAAAUGAAUCACUUUUACGUGGAAUUUAUCAAUAUGGAUUCGAUUCUCCAUUAGAAAUUCAACGAAAAUCUCUUCAAUCGUGUCUCUCAGGUCGUGAUAUGAUUAUACAAUCUGAAUCAUAUUCAGGAAAGACAAUAACAUCUUUGAUAACCGUAUUACAACGAAUUGAUGGAAAUUGUAAAGAUUGUCAAGCAUUAAUUGUUGUUUUAACACGUGAAUUAGCUCAAUCAAUUUAUGAAAUAAUUAUUUCACUUGGUCAAUUUAUGAAUUUAUCAUAUCAUUGUUGUAUUGGUGGAAUUGAAAUUCGAGAAGAUAUGAAAGCUUUUGAAAAAAAUGUUCAAAUUGUUAUUGGAACACCUGCUCGAAUCUCUGAUCUAUUUAGAAGAUCAAUACUUAAAAAUGAUCAAAUUCGAAUAAUUGUCUUCGAUAAUCUUGAUGAAAUUCUUUCAUAUGGUUUUCAAAAAGAAAUUUAUGAAAUUAUUGCUACUUUGCGAAAAGAUUUUCAAAGUAUUGUUUUAUUAAACACAAUAUCUGAAGAAUUAAUGAAAUUAACGGAAAAUUUUCUAAAUAAUCCUAUAAAUAUUCUUCCAAAGAACAAAGAAUUGAUAUUUAAAGAUAUUCAACAAUAUUAUGUUAAUGUUGAACGUGAAGAAUGGAAAUUCGAAACUUUAUUGGACUUAUUAAAUUUAAUUACAAUAAAUCAAAUUGUUUUAUUUUGUAAUUCAAAUGAAAAAAUUCAUUGGUUAACUGAAAAACUUCGUGAAAUCAAUUAUAAAGUUUCUCCUCUUUAUCGUAAAAUGAAUUUGAAAGAACGAAAUGAAUCAAUAAAAGAUUUUCGAAGAAAUUUAACUCGAAUUUUAAUUCGAACAGAUUUAAAUGAAAAUCAAAUGAAUAUUUUUCAANCGUGA